AUGGAGACAAACCCGAAAGGUAAGGAGGAGGAGGAGGACGAGGAGGAGGAGGGGGAAAAUGAUCACACGUGUAACAUACAAUAUGUUGUAGAAUGCACUGACGUUUUUGUCUACAUAAUAAGCAGGGUUCGUUCGGUGGGCUUGGCGGACAAUAAAGCUUUUGCAGCUCGUGGCUAUUAA